AUGGACAGCACCACUGUCAUGCACAUCUUACCCUCCAUCUACGGCAUCCUUUGCAUAGUCGGAGUCGCUGCCAACAGUUUAGUGAUCUACGCGGUGGCCACCUGCAAAAAGAGAAUGGUAUCUGACAUUUACGUGCUCAACUUGGCAAUUGCUGACAUGCUGUUCCUCCUUGUCAUGCCGUUUACUAUUCACCAGCUAGUCAGAGAUCGACACUGGGUCUUUGGAAAUUUCAUGUGCAAAGCCGUGACUGUUGUAGAUGUAAGCAAUCAGUUUACCACAGUGGGGAUUGUUACAGUAUUGUGUAUCGACAGGUAUGUUGCAAUUGUUCACCCAGCUUCAGAGAGAAGGACAAUCCAAUGGACCAUGGUCAUUAAUGCUAUGGUGUGGACUGGCAGCUUUCUACUCACUGUGCCUGUGAUGCUUUAUUCAAGAACCCUCCAGCAGGAAGAUGUGGAAGUUUGCAUUUUGGACUUGCCCUCAGGUCCUGCAGACAUGUACUGGUAUACAUUAUAUCAGUCAACCGUGGGCUUCAUCAUCCCCCUCCUCAUUAUUAGUACUUUCUAUUCACUCACUCUCUACCAUGUAUUCAGGUCCAUCCGCAGGGUACGCAGGAGGCAGUCUGUCUGGGCAAAGAGGGCCACUAAAACUGUUCUCAUGGUCAUCGCAGUUUUCUUGCUGUGCUGGUCACCUUUUCAUGUCAUGCAAGUGCUCAACCUCAGCACGGAGGCCCCCACCCCCACCUUUCUCUAUGCCUACCAUAUCAGCAUAUGCCUCAGUUAUGCUCACAGCUGCAUUAAUCCCUUGAUGCUACUCUUUUUUGCUCAAAAUUUUCAAGAAAGGCUCUGUCCACACAAGCAGUCACAUAGCAGCCAGCAAAGCACCUCUAAGCAAACCGUGGUCAAGGCGGAUGGUAGCUCCACCAUCACAGUGGAUACUAAUUAUCGCUGUACUGUCAUUUGA